CUCUCUCUCUCUCUCUUUCUUUGGACAAUUGAACAAACGUUCAACGUCCUCAGGUCUUCUCGAUCCGUCGAGGCCAUCUUCGUCUUUCCAUGUAAGUACAAUUUUUGGAAAAUUCUUUUCUAAAUUACUAUAAAACUUAAUCGAGGGUUUUUUUCUCCCUUUGUUUUCAGGCGCAAGGUUUGCAGAAAUUGUUUUCGUUCUAUUGGAAAGUGAAUUUGCCGGACUGGGGGGGAUCAGUUUUCGAAACUUGAAGGAAUUUCUAUGUACGCAACAGGUUGGGCUAAAAAUAAUCAAUGCGAUGAAUAAUUGGAAUUAACGAGCGGGGACGAUGAUCGAUGGUUUUGCAAAAACACGACGCGACAAUAGAAUUUCAAAUGCAUCUGGACGCAUAACGUUGCUAGCCUUGCAUCGAAAUCCCCGAGCCACCCCCAACGCGCAGGAAAAAAGCGAUGCAGCUCCGCUCGCGGAUAUCUUCCCAGCGAAAUAUUCGACGCGCAGAAUGCAAUAUUCGACAGAAAAAGGAUCGGACGUCUUUCAUAGUAAUUCAAGGUAAAAAAAAAAAGGCGAGGCACUCGUUUGCGAGAAGUAAUUGUUAAUCCAGCUAAAGACAACUUCAGCUUUCAGCCUCUGUAAUUUGCAAUUUUUGUUAGUAUGAAUUCCAGAAGUAAGAACAGUAAAAGAAAAAAAAAAAGAAGGAGAAAAAACACGAAAGAAUCGUCGCAAAACGUAGGAAUCAAGGGAGAUUAUCACACUUUGUGA